CUUCUGAAAAUAUCAGCCCUUUUUCAGCUAUGAGGAAUUAAAAUGAGGCUUAUUCAGAGCUGUAGACACAGAAGCAUUGUUGAAAAACCAGCAUAUUUGUAGCCAUAGCCUGUGAAAGGACAGGAAGUAUCCCCAGUCAUUAGAGGAAAAUGCCCACUUCUGUUCUGUGUAAGAUGUUGCAAGGAAAAGCACAAGACACAUGAGUCAAAUCCUUAAGUGUAUGCGAACUGUCUGACAGAUCUCUAUUACGUAUUCGGCUGUGUGUUCUUUUCAAGAGUGGUGUGGUUAGGUUCUUGUCUGAUUAGAACACUGGCCCCUUAGAAGUCAUGGAGUAUGUCAUCAAGCUCUGUUGGAGUCAGUGGACCAGAUUCUUCUGUUAGGCUGGGGACUUCAGAUUUAUACUUAUGACUACAAGCAGAAUGUAGCCUAGUGCCUUCAUAAUCUGUGCAGGUAUUCAGAAUGAAUCUGGAAAAGCUCAGCAAACCAGAACUACUGACACUAUUUAGUAUUCUUGAAGGCGAACUAGAAGCAAGAGAUCUUGUCAUAGAUGCCUUAAAGGCCCAGCACAGAAACACUUUCAUUGAAGAACGCUAUGGAAAGUACAACAUCAGUGACCCAUUAAUGGCUCUGCAGAGAGAUUUUGAGAUGCUGAAGGUGGGAAAUCAUGGCGAAAAGCAACCAGUUUGCGCCAAUCCUUUGUCUAUCCUAAAAGUAGUGAUGAAACAUUGCAAGAAUAUGCAGGAAAGAAUGCUCUCUCAACUAGCUGCUGCAGAAAGCAGGCACAGAAAGGUGAUACUGGAUCUUGAGGAAGAGAGGCAGCGGCAUGCCCAAGACACUGCUGAAGGAGAUGAUGUCACCUACAUGUUGGAGAAGGAGCGGGAGCGGCUGACUCAGCAGCUGGAAUUCGAAAGGACCCAAGUGAAAAAAUUUGAAAAAGAGCAGAAGAAGCUGUCGAGCCAGUUGGAGGAGGAGCGGGCACGCCACAAGCAACUGUCCUCCAUGCUUGUGCUGGAGUGCAAGAAAGCCACAGCCAAGGUAGUGGAAGAGGGACAGAAGGCAGGGGAGCUGAGCCUGAAACUGGAGAAAGAGAGGAGCAAAGUGAGCAAGCUGGAGGAGGAGCUGGCCUCCAAGAAGAAGCGGGGUUUGCAGAUGGAGGCACAGGUGGAAAAGCAGCUCUCAGAGUUCGACAUUGAAAGAGAACAGCUGAGAGCUAAGCUGAACCGAGAAGAGAACCGGACAAAGGCACUCAAGGAAGAGGUGGAGAGCCUGAAAAAAGCCCUGAAAGAACUGGAGGUUCCUUGCCAGGGCACCAAUCCUGCUGAGCACUCACAACAAAACCCCUCAAUGAUGUCCAGAGGUAUAGAAACAGAGAGCCCACUGGUGAGGUCUGUGUCUUGCCAGACAGAAAGUUCCCAGGCAGACAGAACCAAUCUGGGCAAUACAGGCAUAACUGCACACAUGGCCCUUCCCAGCCCUGCCACACCUACCCAUCCCUAUGCUAAAGCAAAUGGGCACUGUGACACAGACAUGCAAACAAGUGGUGACCUAGUGCAGACAGACAUAGCAGAGAACCAGGCACUGCUGAGAGAGAAGCCCGUUGGUCCAGUCCCAGAAAGUGCAGUUGAGAAUGGAAGUUCCCCUGUAAGAACAGAAUCUCCUGUGUAUAUGAUCCCACAGCUUCCUUCUGGUGGGACGUCUCUCUCUCCCAGCAGCACAGCUGCCUCAUCUCUGACAUCUUCUCCAUGUUCGUCCCCAGUUCUGACUAAACGUUUGGUAGGAGCUUCAGGAAAUAGCCCUGGUUACCAGUCAUCCUAUCAGGUGGGGAUCAACCAACGUUUCCAUGCUGCCAGACACAAAUUCCAGUCCCAAGCUGAUCAGGACCAUCAGUCGAGUGGCCUGCAGAGCCCACCAUCGAGGGAUUUGUCUCCUACCCUUGCAGACAACUCCGCUGCCAAGCAGUUAGCCCGCAACACAGUCACUCAGGUUCUUUCCAGAUUCACCAGUCAGCAGGGACCUAUAAAGCCAGUCUCUCCGAAUAGUUCGCCCUUUGGCACGGACUAUCGGAAUCUGGCCAACGCUGCGAGUCCAAAAACCGAGUCCAGCCCGGGCAAAGUUUCUAGCCCGCUGAGCCCAUUGUCUCCUGGGAUUAAAUCCCCAACAAUCCCUAGAGCAGAAAGAGGGAACCCUCCACCUAUUCCUCCAAAGAAACCUGGCCUGGCUCAGUCCCCAGCGACUCCUACCCCACUAACCAAAACCCCUUCCCAGGCAUCCUCUCUUGGUGCCACCAUGGACUUGGCAAGUAGCUGCUCUAACAAUGCCGUAGUAGCCAACGGUAAAGACAUUGAGAUACUGUUGCCAACGAAUAGCUAAUCUUUAGAAAACGUGACUGUAGCAUUCCAUGGCUUAGCGUCCUAGAGCUAAGAGACACUGUUUUAUCCACUCCACGUUAUUUAUUUGGGUAGUAGCAGAAUGGGUCUGUAUAAUUCCUUUAGUGUACUUUUUUUAAAAAUAGGUAGGAAAUUUUAUGUUGAUGUAUAAACCUUAACUAUAGAGCUGUAAGUUAGCCUCUAAAGGUGUCUCAUGUCAGCAGUCAAAUGAAACAAGGAGGGAAGAAAAUGUGCUGGGAGCUGACUAGCAAACUAUAAUGGGGCUGAAGCAUUCAUUUUAAUUUAUGCAGAAAUCCCUUGUGCAGAUUUUUAUUCCAGAUGAACACUGUAUAAAAAGUGCCUGAACUAAGCCUGUGAUAUGAAUGUGGUUUUCUGUACAAAACAAAAAAGGGACCAUCUAACCGCAGAAAUAACAGCCCUUCUAUGAAUCAUGAAUGUUUAAAUCACUGUUUUUUAAUCCUUUCCAAUUGUUCUUAAA